AUGGUGGACAGGGAUCCAGGUACACCCACCUGGAAGUUUACACAAUGCUUCGGCGAUAAAGGUGAUGUGGAAGACAUUACCGAAGCCGAUAUUAUCUCAACCGUUGAGUUUGACCAUACUGGAAACUACCUCGCAACAGGAGACAAGGGCGGAAGAGUGGUGCUAUUUGAGAGAAACGAGACGAAAAAAACAUGCGAAUACAAAUUCCACACCGAGUUCCAGUCACACGAGCCCGAGUUCGACUACCUCAAAUCUCUGGAGAUUGAAGAAAAAAUCAACAAGAUCAAAUGGUGUCGCCGGCAGAACGCAUCGCAUUUCCUGCUUUCAACCAAUGACAAAACAAUCAAGCUUUGGAAGGUGUUUGACAAGUCCUUGAAGGUCGUCGCGGAGAACAAUCUCUCGAGUGAGCUUACUCCUGGCGGCAUUGGUGGAGGGGGGGCACCAAGGGCUCCCCGUGUGUCAUUCAAAGAUUCUUCAGCUUUGAAACUUCCACGAAUGACACAUCACGAUACUGUUGUCGCCGCUGUACCCCGACGCACAUACGCCAACGCUCAUGCAUACCACAUCAACAGCAUCUCCGUAAACAGUGAUGGAGAGACUUUCAUCAGCAGUGACGAUCUACGAAUCAAUUUGUGGAACCUGAACAUUCAAGACCAAAGCUUCAACAUCGUCGAUAUUAAACCAGCAAACAUGGAGGAACUUACGGAGGUAAUCACAGCUGCCGAAUUCCACCCAACAAGCUGCAAUUGGUUCAUGUACGCUAGCUCGAAGGGCACCAUUAAGCUUGCGGACAUGCGGCAGCGAGCGCUUUGCGAUCAGCACCACAAAGUCUUCGAACAAGAGGAAGAUGCCUCUUCUCGUUCCUUCUUCUCCGAAAUUAUAUCCUCGAUAUCAGACGUAAGGUUUUCUCACGAUGGCCGGUAUAUUGUAUCAAGAGAUUACUUGACUGUCAAGAUCUGGGACGUGAACAUGGAGCGACAACCAUUGAAGACAAUUCCCAUCCACGAACAUCUCCGACCCCGCCUAUGUGACACAUAUGAGAACGAUAGCAUAUUUGAUAAAUUCGAGGUGGUUUUCUCUGGCGAUGCGGAGAAUGUGAUGACUGGAAGUUACAACAACAACUUCAUGAUUUACCCCACCGAUCCGGCCAAGGAGACGGAGAUUGUACUGCAGGCCGACAAGUCUGCCUUCAAGGCGAAGAAGGUUGGCGUACCAACGCCGAUGAACAAGGGUGCCAACGGAAAGAAGAGCAACUCCAGAUCAGGCAGCCCCGCUGGUCCUGGUAGCCGCAUGAAGAAGGAGACCGACGCAGACCAAAUCGAUUUCAACAAGAAGAUAUUGCAUAUGAGUUGGCAUCCAUUCGAGGACAGCAUAGCUAUUGCUGCCACAAACAACCUCUUUGUCUUCUCCGCACUCUAA